UUUAAUAUGUUGACUGAAAUGGAUAGAGAUUUUUUUUUAAACAUUUUUGUCUGUCUGUCUGUAUCUGACUGUAUGAUCAAGAUUCAACUCGAUAUUUACGCGGACGAAGUUAGACAACAGCUAGUUGAAAAUAAAGAUAAGGUCUCAGAGUAAAGUAGGUAUACUUUGUACUUCUUAGUAGUGAACUGACUUCGAUUGUAAUUUAAGUUUCAAAAGAAAUUUUAACAUAAUUUUUUUGUAGAUGCGUGUACUUAUAAAAUGAAAUGAGUAAAUAUUACCCCAAAACCCUCCUUCUGUCUUAGUCGGUUAAUAAGUUAUGUACUUUAAAAUAAACUAAAAAGUUUCAAAUUCACACUUUAGCUACAAGAUGACGACAAAAAAAUAAUAAAUCAACAAAACCUAUCAAGACAAAGGUCAUGUUUAAUCACAAUUGAAUUUGGAAUCCGCGAGAAAAAUCAAAUUUUUUUUUCAGCGCAUUUUUAACGGCGAAAUGUCACCCGCGUAAACAUCGAAAUUUUCGCAAUAUCCGCAUUGCAAGUAUAUAUUUUAUAGAAGUUUUAAAUGAGGUGAUCGGGGUGGUGUGGCGUGAUCCUUCGAAGAUCAGCUGUCGUCGCGCAUGUGCAGCUGGCGAGGGGAGUCGGGCCCGCCAUUGAGUGAGCGGCGCGCGACGCACCCCAUCCUUGGUCAUUCGAAGGACCGCGCCGCGUGUGUAUGGACGCUGUGUUCGGCGGGCGACCGUGCGCGCCGCUCUAAUCUUGUUUAUAGCCGGCAGGCAAGUAGGCGCACUGGGCGGAUCGCCAGCAUGGACGCGUUAUUGGCGGCGCUGGUCGCGCUGAUGGCACUGGCCGCCGCGAUGGCCGCCGUGCUCAGCACGCUCUCCAAAGCGGCGAUCUUCGCUCUGCUCGCAAUCGCGCCGUGCCUCUACCGAUACAGAAAGUGCAUUUAUGUUAUUAUCAAAACUCUGCCCAGGGAUACCAAAUUCCUAUGGCGUUACGCUCACGGCAUGGUGCGGUCGAAGCGCUGGGGCCGGCAGGACGCCACCGUGGCGGAGCUGUUCACCCGCCGCGCCCUCCGCAACCCUGACGCACCCUGCUUCAUCGUCGUCGGGGACCGAACCUGGACCUUCGGAGAGAUGGCGUCAAAAUCCAACCAAGUGUCCCGGGUGAUGCAGGAGCACCUGGGCCUGAAGCGCGGCGACGUGGUCUGCGUGUUCAUGCCCAACUGCGCCGAGUUCGUGUGGACCUGGCUGGGCAUGGCCAAGGUGGGGGCGGUGUCCGCUCUCAUCAACAGCAACCUGCGCCACAAGCCCUUGCUGCAUUGCAUCCAGGUGGCCAAGGCUAAGGCCAUCGUCUUCUCUGAACAGCUGGCUGAUGCCGUCGAAGAGGUCCGAGCCCAAAUUCCUGAAGACUUGAAACUAUUCCAGUUAUACGGGCAGUGCAAGCCAGGGGUCAUCGACCUGGGUGCUGAGAUGGAGAAACACCCCCCGGAAUAUCCCAUUGUGUCCGAGAAGCUGCAUUACAAAGACACUUUGCUUUACAUCUAUACCUCCGGCACCACGGGAAUGCCGAAAGCGGCGGUGCUGCCUAAUUCCAAAUACCUGCUGGUGGUGGUGGCCACCGUCCACAUGCUCGGCCUGAAGGCGUCGGACCGCCUGUACAACUCGCUGCCGCUGUACCACACGGCGGGCGGCGUGGUGGGCACCGGCGCGGCGCUGGUGGACGGCAUCCCCUCCGUGUUGCGCUCCAAGUUCUCCGCCUCCAACUACUGGACUGAUUGCAUCAAGUAUGAUUGCACGGUGGCGCAGUACAUCGGCGAGAUGUGCCGGUACCUGCUCGCGCAGCCGCCGCGGCCCACGGACGCGCAGCACCGCGUGCGCAUCAUGGUCGGCAACGGGAUGAGGCCCGCUAUUUGGCAGCAAAUGGUCGACAGGUUCAAAGUACCCCAGAUCAACGAGAUCUACGGCGCCACGGAGGGCAACGCUAAUAUUAUCAACGUGGACAACACAGUGGGCGCGGUGGGCUUCCUGCCGAAGCUGGUGCCGACGCGGCUGCACCCCAUCGCGCUGGUGCGCGCCGACGAGCAGGGCGCGCUGCUGCGGGGCCCCGACGGGUACUGCGUUCGAUGCCAGCCCAACGAACCCGGCAUGUUUAUCGGCCUCAUUGCGCAGGGGAAUGCGUCCAGGGAAUAUUACGGAUACGUCGACAAGACGGACAGCAACAAGAAGUUAGUUCGCGACGUGUUCUGCAAAGGGGACGCCGCCUUCGUGAGUGGAGACAUCCUGGUGGCUGACGAGCUGGGCUACCUGUUCUUCAGGGACCGUACGGGAGACACCUACAAGUGGAAGGGAGAGAAUGUGGCCACGGCCGAAGUGGAGGACGCCAUGGACCCAGUGCUGGGCAGGAGGGCUUGUGUGGUCUACGGUGUCUCGAUCCCGAUGACGGAGGGGCGCGCGGGCAUGGCGGCGGUGGCGGACCCGGCGCGCGCGCUGGACCUGCGGCGGCUGGCGCGCGACCUCGACGACUCGCUGCCCUCGUACGCCAGGCCGCUGUUCCUCCGGAUCAUGGACGAUAUCGAGAUCACUGGUACAUUCAAACUGAAGAAACUGCAGUACCAAAAGGAGGGUUUCGACCCGGACGUGAUUAAGGAGCCCCUGUACUUCAGGUCUGGCGACGACUUCGUACCAAUCACAUCGCAGCUCUUCAGCGACAUUUGUAGCGGCAAAGUAAAGCUAUAAGCGGGCGUAACCAAUCUUUUGAGAUAUCGCACGAUAAAUCAUGUCAAUUCACCUUCGUGAGUUCGAAGGGCAUUUAAAAAUCAAUGGGUUAUCAAUAACGCAGGUACCACUUGAAACAUACUUUCAAUUAGACAUGUGUCCUCUCAUGGAUAUGGGUAUAUCGAGAAUUAGAAAAAUUGAGAAUUUGAGAUGACGGUUAUUGCGAGGGCCAAUUUUCACAUGCACGAAAUAAAGCGCACUCACUAAAGCACAGUGAUCCACAAUAGAUUCAUUUUAUGCUGCAGUGCAGUUUGUUACCGCUUCUUCUGCACUGACGCCUUGGAAGCGGCAGUAAACUUAGUUUUUAAGUAAUUUAUUUGACGUCAACCAAGUUGUUAAACCAUACGACAAUUAUUAAGCGAUAUGGAGGUAUCUCCUAUAAUAAUGAAUAAAAAUUUUGAAAUUUUGAAAUUUGAAUUUUGAAAUUUUGAGCCAUCUGACGUUAUAAAUGCUUAGGAGACGUAUGGGGUUGACUCAAAUGAUAGUCGUGCGAUAUCUCAAUCAACAACUAUGAGAAAAAGCGUGGCAGCAACAAAUUUCGAAAUUGUUUUAGUAAAUUUGCGCGAUUAGAAAAUACUAACUCAAACAUUGUUUUGACAGAACGCUUGAAAACUGUGAUCAAUUAAAGUGAAAUUUCGAAUAUAUACAAUUAUAAUGAGAGAAUUAUUCGAGUCCGUAUCUAAUAAGGAUAUGCAACUAAUGUGUGCACGCGCAAAGUUAAGGUCCGAGUCAUGUCAUAAGAGUCCUAUAAUUAUGCUUUUAUUUUUAAUAAUAUAACGUUUACGCAUGUGUACCUCAUGUGCACACAUUUAGUUGUCUAGUCUUAUUUAUAUUUAUUAGCCUAUUAAGCUAAUGAUAGUAAAAUCCAAAAAGACAUUGAAUAUUUUCUAACAAAGUACGAAAACUGAAUGGUUACCGAUGUUGAACUAAAAAUAAACUACGAUCACUUUUUUGGAUUUAUUAUGAUUAAUUUUAUUGGGAGUUUUGAGAGUUAAAAUAGUCAAGUGUCUCUUGGCAUUAUUAAAAAAAUGAAUUAUUGCAAUUCUUAUUCUUUUUCUCUUUUUCAAAAUACUUGUAUUUAUGUUCAAUCACAGUCAGGUUAUAUUUUAUUAUUAGUCUCCUUGAAUUUUAAAGUGAGAAUGCAUUGAUAAUGUGCAAUAUUAUGAGAUAUAAUUAUUUCGUGUGAUUCCGCUGUGUGAUAUGACAUUAAAUUUUAUAGGGGUGUAGCAGUAGGUAUCGGGUAGAGGUAGGCACCGCUGACGCCAGCUCUAAUCAUUUAUAUAUCACGAAACAUAAAGCAAUAUUAAAUGAAAUAAACAUGUAACUCUAGAACAAAUAGUUUUUACCAAAGUUGUGUAGAUAAAUUUAUUGUAGCUAGGUAACAUUCCACCAGACGAUGGCUUGGUAAGAUUCGUCUUUUCCUCUGAAGCACUGUACUUGAAUAUUUUAAGUUCCUAUUGUGAAUAUUUGUAAACGUAUUUUAUUUGAGGCACUUUUAUAUGGAGGGUUGAGGAAAUUUAUAUAGGAGCUGUGAAGAGUGAAAUAGCCUCCAUCCAGUUGCUAUAUUCAUUCCUUAAUAUAAUUUGUUUUCUCAUAAAGUUACAGGCGUUUCCAUUAGAAUAUGGUGCCUUUAAAUGAAAACCGUUGCACACUAGACUAGGUACAAUACGCAGUUAAAAAUUGCUCCUGAAAAUUAUUAUGUAAGUUGUAAAUAAAUGAUAAAACAG